AUGCCGGGGACUUUUCUGUCAGCCGGCCAGGCUAGGGCCCUCAAUAUCAUCCUGCAACUGGGGUCAUCACUGUCCAUUGCUGGCUGCAUUUUCAUUAUUACUACAUUUUGCUUCUGCAAAUCUUUUCACAAGCCUAUCAAUAGGCUGGUAUUCUAUGCUUCUUUUGGGAACUUCUUUGCAAGCGUUGCCUUUAUGAUGGCAGGCAUAUAUGUCAAUGCGCCUCGGAGUGCUGGUUGCCAGGCGCAAGGGUUUCUCCUAGACAUGUUUGUUGCGGCUGAUGCGUUUUGGACCCUCGCCAUGGCCAUCAAUGUAUACCUCACCUUCUACUUCCGAUUUGAUGCUGUGCGGCUGAGGCAGAUGGAGAUUCCGUACCUGAUAUUUUGCUACGCUGUCCCAUUCACCCCUGCCUUUGCCUACUUAUUUAUCAAGAACGCGGCAGGCGAGCGUGUCUAUGGAUCUGCUGGCAUUUGGUGCUGGAUUACGCCGAAAUGGGAUAUUCUUCGCAUUGCUACGUUCUAUGGGCCGGUGUGGGGCAUCCUCGCAAUCACUCUAACCAUCUAUCUCCGCUCCGGCAGCACCAUAUACAGGAAGCAUCGCCAACUUCGCAAGUUCCAAGGGACUGGUUCCGGGGCUAUAUCGUCAACAAAUCGCGGCGAAGUUGGUACCAACAUGAAGACGACGGAGGUUACCAUCAUUUCUGAGUCGGUCGGCAAGUCAGAGACGAUGGAGAUGCAGGCCUUGGGAGGCCAAGCCACUGCUCAUGCGUCCAGUAACCCACAACAAUUCCGUCGUGACAAAACGCCAAUGGGAGCGGAAGACUCUACACAGCCAUCUACACACGCGCCAACGCAUGCUACCUCGGUAUCGGCUGGUGCGGUUUCUCGUCCGCAACGACGUAUUUACCACGAAGUCAACAAUGCGGCAUGGCAAUACACGAAGUGCGCUCUGCUCUUCUUCCUAGUCAUCGUCAUUACUUGGAUACCGUCCAGCGCGAACCGUGUCUAUUCAUACAUUCACCCCGGCGAGAUCAGCAUAACGUUGCAGUUCAUGAGCGCAACCGUGCUGCCAUUGCAAGGAUUUUGGAACGCUGUUAUUUACGCCGUCACCUCGGCUGCGGCUUGUAAGCAGCUUUUCAACCAGAUAAAGGAGCUGGUGUUGGAGAAAACGGGCAGAGACGGCGGAAGCAAUAUCCGGGGUAGACAAGACGAGCCACGACGCUCGAUGGGCAUUGGGGGUAAUUUCGGGACAGUAAGGAAUAAUGGCGCGGACUCAGAAACUGAAAGCAUGAGGGAGCUGGCGAAGAGUGUUGAUGGUUCGGAUGAUGGACGAAGCGCGAGUAUUGCCGUCUCUAAACGCGGAGCUUAG